AGGGGGCGGUUUGGUUGCGCGGUACUAGCGGUGCCCGCCGAAGGGGGAGGAGGCGGAGGAGCGAGCAGUGCGGCCAGAGCGGGAAAGAGACUCGUCGCUGCGUCCGAGUUCUGGAGCCGCCGCAUCCCGGCUCCUGAGGCUGCAGCGCGAGCUGUGAGGGGCCGGACGUCCGUUUUCUCCCGGGUUCCCGCGUAGGACUCCGCGGGAUCGGAAAAAGGAGAAGAUGGAGGAGGGCGGCAGCGGCGGCGGCGCCACGGGGACCAGCGGGGUCGGCGGUGCAGGGGGAGAGCAGCUCCUCACUGUCAUGCACGAACUGCGGACGGCUAAUUUAACAGGACAUGCAGAGAAGGUGGGGAUUGAAAAUUUUGAGCUCCUCAAAGUCCUAGGAACUGGAGCUUACGGAAAAGUAUUUCUAGUUCGUAAAAUCAGUGGUCACGAUACCGGAAAGCUGUAUGCCAUGAAAGUAUUGAAAAAGGCAACAAUAGUUCAGAAGGCCAAAACCACAGAGCACACAAGGACGGAGCGGCAAGUCCUGGAGCACAUCAGGCAGUCGGCGUUUCUGGUGACGUUGCACUACGCCUUCCAGACGGAAACCAAACUUCAUCUCAUCUUGGAUUAUAUAAAUGGUGGAGAACUUUUUACUCAUCUUUCUCAAAGAGAGCGUUUCACAGAGAACGAGGUGCGGAUCUAUGUUGGAGAGAUUGUGCUCGCCCUCGAACAUCUCCACAAGUUGGGGAUUAUAUACCGUGACAUUAAGCUUGAGAACAUUCUACUUGAUUCUAAUGGCCACGUGGUGCUGACAGAUUUUGGUCUGAGUAAGGAAUUUGUGGCUGAAGAAGGUGAAAGAGCAUUUUCCUUUUGUGGAACUAUUGAAUACAUGGCACCGGAUAUUGUCAGAGGGGGAGAUUCGGGGCAUGACAAGGCAGUUGACUGGUGGAGUUUAGGGGUCCUAAUGUACGAAUUACUGACUGGCGCAUCUCCUUUCACUGUUGAUGGAGAGAAGAAUUCCCAAGCUGAGAUAUCUAGGAGAAUAUUAAAAAGUGAGCCUCCUUAUCCUCAAGAAAUGAGUGCUUUAGCUAAAGACCUGAUUCAGCGUCUUUUGAUGAAAGAUCCCAAGAAAAGAUUGGGAUGUGGUCCACGGGAUGCGGAUGAAAUCAAAGAACAUCUCUUUUUUCAGGUGAAAUUUAUUGAACAGAUGGUUUUAUAUGGCCUGCUGUUUACAGGGUGCUCGGCAUUCUUGGAUUCUCUGAGGUUCCACCCAGGCGCCCCGGUUCCUAGUAUUCUCUUACGGUGAAUGAUGUUGGUCUCUUAUCAGGACUCCCCAUUCUAUCAGCACUAUGACCUAGACCUGAAGGACAAGCCGCUGGGGGAGGGAAGUUUCUCAAUAUGUCGAAAGUGCGUACACAAAAAAAGUAACCAAGCGUUCGCCGUCAAAAUAAUCAGCAAAAGGAUGGAAGCCAAUACUCAGAAAGAAAUAACCGCUCUGAAACUCUGUGAAGGACACCCCAAUAUCGUGAAACUGCACGAAGUGUUCCAUGACCAGCUUCACACGUUUCUGGUGCUGGAGCUUCUGAGUGGGGGAGAGCUGUUUGAACGCAUUAAGAAGAAGCAGCACUUCAGUGAGACCGAAGCGAGCUACAUCAUGCGGAAACUCGUUUCAGCCGUGAGCCACAUGCACGAUGUCGGCGUGGUGCACAGAGACCUGAAACCCGAGAAUCUAUUGUUCACUGAUGAGAACGACAACUUGGAAAUUAAAGUAAUCGACUUUGGGUUUGCGCGCUUAAAGCCCCCUGACAACCAGCCCCUCAAGACACCCUGCUUCACGCUGCACUACGCGGCCCCGGAGCUCUUGAACCACAAUGGCUAUGACGAGUCCUGUGACCUCUGGAGCCUGGGCGUCAUUUUGUAUACAAUGUUGUCAGGGCAAGUUCCAUUCCAAUCUCAUGACCAAAGUUUGACCUGUACCAGUGCAGUGGAAAUCAUGAAGAAAAUUAAAAAGGGAGAUUUCUCCUUUGAAGGAGAGGCCUGGAAGAAUGUAUCCCAAGAAGCAAAAGAUUUGAUCCAAGGACUUCUCACAGUCGAUCCAAAUAAAAGGCUUAAGAUGUCAGGCCUGAGAUACAAUGAGUGGCUUCAGGACGGCAGUCAGCUGUCCUCCAAUCCUCUGAUGACUCCAGACAUUCUAGGAUCUUCGGGGGCUGCUGUGCAAACCUGUGUGAAAGCCACCUUCCACGCCUUUAACAAAUACAAGCGAGAGGGGUUUUGCCUUCAGAAUGUCGACAAGGCGCCUCUGGCCAAGAGAAGGAAGAUGAAGAAGACCAGCACCAGCACCGAGACGCGCAGCAGCUCCAGCGAGAGCUCCCACUCCUCCUCCUCCCAGUCCCAGGGGAAGGCCACCCCGACGAAGACCCUGCAGCCCGGCCACCCCUCCGACGGCAGCAACCCGGAGACCCUCUCCCAGUUCUCGGACUGAAGCGCAGGCGGAGGGCAGGACGGUGACCCGUGGUGACCCGCCGCCCCUUUGUGCCCUCGGCCUGUGCCUGAGCUGACGUUGUGCACUUUUCAACAUGUGCCCCACUGGUCUUCGUGGCACCUGCCUCUUUGGGAACUGUGUUCUGGAAAACCCAGUCGGUUGUCCGUGUCCAAAGGCACUGCGCAGAGAACGUUACUGUGAACCGAGCACACGUUUUCCUGUUCAGUGACCCGGUGCAAUGCCCACGGGACUGUUCUGGAAAGAGCAGGGGUGUCUGUAAACCUCACUGGGGACAGGUCAGGUUUGAGCUGCUUACAAAAUGGGUCUGGGGUGUCCCAGAUGUCCGCCCACAGGAGUCACUCCUAUUGUGAUGAUGAUGCCUUUUGCUUUGCCUUAUGGACAGUGUGAGUCUUAGAGAUGGGCACCCUUUGAACGGUGAUUCGCAGAGCGAGAGGGCUGGCGGUUUUCAAGGAAGAUCGUAUAGUGAAUUUUAUGUGGGGCAUACACUUAAUUUCUUGAGAGAGGAUUUUAACUUAUUGUCUUUAUUUUAUGGUUACCUCUGAUGGUAGCCUUAAUUAUUAAUCUUUUUGUAAAAAGUAAAAAAAAAAAAAAAAAAGAUACAGGAACAUAAGGUCCCAUGCUGUAUUUGGGACCCGUCUGACGCGCAUGCUAAGCGAUGUGUGUUUUUCAUUUUGCACUGCUCUUUCCUGGCAACCUGUUUUAAUGGUUAUUGCAGAAUAUUAAGGUACAUGUCUCUGUUUUAAGUAAUACUGCACUUUAUAAAAGAAUAUGAAUAAAGCAAACCAUUUUAUAAAGUGCACCGUGGAAAGCAUACGUACUGCAUUUUUGCCAGUUUUUCCACGAUCCGCUUUACAUUUUUCCCAAGCACCCCCCCCCCCGCCUUGUCUGCAACCAGCGGAAUGGGCCUAAUCGUUAGCCACGUAGGCACCGAGGCGAAGGAAAGCUAAAGGGAACUUCUCUGAAACACUGUGCUUCACGUCUGGACACUGUGCUGUGCUACGGCGAGGAGGGCCUCGUGGAGGUGGAUAUUAUGUACAUACUAUUUUCGAAUCAGGACUAUGACUUGUCUUGAAGUUUUUCUGUUAGAUUUUAAAGCCAGAAAGCAUAUUUUAUAAACUUAUGCAGAGCACUUUUAUUGCUCCAAAGUUCUGAAUUCCUACAGAAAACAAGUACUAUGGGACCAAGGCAUCUCAUGGAAGGAUUGCUUCAUUUUCAGAUAUAAUGAAUUCAUUCCCUAUGCAAAAAAAAGUGAUAGGAUCUGUGUGCUGUAUUUUCUUUUAAAGCCAUCACGGGAGACGUCAGGACUGAGAAAAGUGAUCUUGGCUGUGUUUACAAGAAUCGUGCUUAAAAAGAUAAUGCCCAACAUGUUUCUUUUAUAAUUUUUAUUAAUGAUAAUCUCUUGAGCAUUGGUUUGGAAUUUGGGCAUGAUAAUUAUUUAUUCCUUUCAUGAGAUAAUAGCAUUAAUUUCAAACAGUUAUGAAUACUAAAAAUAUUGCACUCUAUGUAACAGUAGUAUAUUUAUUACUAAAUCAAUGUAUAUAUUAAUAGCACAGGCAAAAAAUGGCAAAUAUUAAAAUAUUUUCAAAAUACUGUA